AUGGAUGAGAGGAUGAUAGAGGCUGCCCAAACAGGAGAUAUAAUUAACCUCUUGUAUGAGUUGAUUCUGAAUGAUCCAUACGUUUUAGAGCGUAUUGAUGCUGUACCUUUUUCUCAUACUCCAUUGCAUAUAGCAGCCUCUGCUGGGCAUAUUGAGUUUAUGAUGGAGAUGAUCAAAUUAAAGCCAACGUUUGCAAGAAAGCUAAACCAAGCUGGGUUUAGCCCCAUGCACUUGGCUCUGCAAAAUGACAGAACUAAAGCAGUGCUUCGACUCCUCAGGUUUGAUGAAGGCCUUGUUCGUGUCAAAGGGAGGGAGGACCUCACUCCUCUGCACCAUGUGGUUCAAACUGGAAAUGUUGAUCUUUUGGUCAAGUUACUUAAGGUUUGUCCUGAGGCUAUUGCAGAUGUGACUGUUCGAGAUGAGACGGUAUUCCAUCUUGCUGUGAAAAACGACAUGUUUGAAGCUUUCCAAGUCUUGGUAGGGUGGCUUAUAAGAAGCCGCCAUGAGUCUGCCGAACGUUGGGAGAAAGAACUACUGAGUUGGGUAGACAUUGAUGGCAACACUGUGCUACACAUUGCAGCUAUCAGAAACAGACCUCAGGUGGUGGAAGUAUUGCUGGGACACUUGCGUCGAGACCAAAUCAAUGCCAAAAAUUUGGAGGGAUUGACAGCACUAGAUAUCCAAUCACAAUACCCAUGGAAUGAAAGGCAAGCGGAUAGGAUUAUAGAUAUGCUAAGCAAAGCAGGAGGUUUGAGUGCUUCCUCUUCCUCGCUUCCGAAUACCUCCAUCUCUUCAUUCCACAUCGAAUCAUUAAAGGAAAAGAUGCCAUGGUUUCAAAAAUUGGAAACAAAAACAGGUCGACUAAAGAACGGUAUUUCAUAUGAGAUGCGUAACACAUUUCUAAUAGUGAUAGUGCUACUUAUAACAACCACUUACGAACCCUCUUUAAACCCUCCAAACAUGCCUUAUGACAGUCCAUCCAUGAAAUACCAAGUCUCCUUAAGUCAAGAUCAGCCUCUCAAUUCCCACACAUUUUUGCAUAAAACCGACAUCAAUACUGCACCCAUACCCAGUCCCUCCGCAAUUGACGUUUCCAAAAAAGAUUGUUGGACAUCUAAUCACUCGUUUUUGGUUUUGAACAUGUUCAACUUUUCGGUUGCAGUUCUUUUAAUAGGACUUCUCCUACCAUAUCAUCCUUUCUCUUUGUUGAUUCACUUACCACUUUCCGGCUGUAUGGUAUCUUACACGGAGUUAUAUGCUUCCUUAUGUGAGUUUUCCAAUAAAAACGCACUUCUUUCUGGCGUUUAUAAUUUUUCCUUUACAAUGUUGCUGCCUUUUCUCGUAGUAUGCGGGUCAAUCUUUUAUGUUAUGGGCAAAGAGACAAAAUUUUCUAAGAAUCUGAAUUAAAUUGUAUAUUUGUUGAAGUUAGCUUCCAUGCAACACAAGCAGCAACAAACGUGUCCAUGCAAGCCACAUGCAGAAAAGAAGCAGCACAUGAAGGCAGCCGCUUGAGCUCGACAUUGCUGUCCAAAUUCAACUAGUUUUGUUGGAUUAAGUUUAUAUUUUGUAACUUAGUUCUUAUAGAACUUAGUUGGUAA